CUAAAGAAAUAUCUCUUGAAAAGUAUAGCUUUAACAUUAUUCAGACCUCCAACUCCUUUUUCUUGACUUUCACCAACACUGUGAUUACUCAUCAAGAUUUGCUCACACACAUCGGUUUUUUUCAAGAUACUAUAGCUGCAGUUGCAAGUUCGUUAAAUUGUUUGGAGAAGAAAAUUAAAGAAUAUUCUAGUGGUUCAAGUUGUAAAGG